UGCUUGACGCUGGGUGUUUGUCAGUGACAGAAGCGGAGCGAUGCUCGUCGUGUGACCGCGGUCCUGCUGCGACUGUUUUGGACCUGAAUCCGGACCAUACCCCCCAUGGAACCAGGUCUCAUGAUCACAACAAACAACAACAACAACAGCAACAAGUGGAACCAUGGUGACCAAGAAAAUCCGGACCGAGUACAUGAAGAAGUUCAAAGAUCCGAGGUGGGAGACGUUUUCCAAAUGUUACGAGGACUCCCUGAAGUACCGCCUGACCCGCCGGGUCAUGGAACACUCCCACAAUCCCUGGUUCUGGGAAGGCUGGGAGAGCCGCUCCGACUCGAGCGGCUGGUCCACGCCCAGGCUGACCCGGAACAGAGUGUCUCCUCUGUCCCUCCCGCCGCCACCGUCCUGCGAGGUGAAGCAGAGGUUGUGUGAGCUGGUGAGCGGUAAUGGAGCAGGACACGCCCCCGCCGCGGUGGAGCAGGACGCUGCACCAGAGAACGUGUCGAGUGAAGCGAGCGCAGCUUCAGCCACAGAGGACACGCCCUCUUCUGACGCAGGGGACACGCCCUCUUCUGACACAGAGCCAGCCGAUCCCGCGCCCAAGCCACGCUACCGUUGCCGCCGCGUGCCACGCUCUGAGCCGGGAGGUUCGGACAGUUUCCAUGACGACAAACAACCAGCCGUCGCCCGGAAACCUCCCAGAGCCAAGAGUCAACCUGCGAUCGGCAGCAAAGAAAAGGCGAACCGGAGUCUGACUGGAAGACUGGACUGGACUGAGAGACAGAAGGACGUCAGGAGGACAAACAACCAGCAGAGCGUCGCGGCGGCCGACGCUGGUGUCGAGCCUCGUGUUGAGUCUGACAGGAGGCGGGGCCAUGGCGGGCGGGGCCCAGGUGAGCGAGGCCCAGGAGAGCGUCGUCGUGCGCGGUCAGCUGACCUGGAGAAGGUGCGGCGCUCACAGCUGACGGUGGCGGUGGAUGAGCGCUGGACGACCGAGUACAUGCGCUGCUUCUCUGCUCGACUCAGGUAGAGAAGAAACUCCGCCCCCAAAACUUCAAAUAACCCUAAUAAUCAUCAUGUGACCUCUCAGACGACUACAUUACCCAGCAGCUUCAGAGUGUGCUUUUAAUGUUUAAUAAAGUGUGUGUGUGUGUGUGUGUGUGUGUGUGUGUGUCAAUGUUUCACAACGUUAGCUUGUUACAGUUACCAUGACGACAGAAUGAACUCUUUAUGAACUUUUAUACACAAAUACAAACAUAACUGUUAUAAUGUUGUUCACUUAUUUUGAUUUUGUUUAAUAAGAUUUUCACGUUUGUGACGUUUGUGAAAUUUAAAACUCUUAAAAAAUAUAGAAAAGAGAAAAGAUUUAUCUCAUGAAAUUAGAAUGGGAGGUAUUUUCAGAGUAAAAGCUGUAUUUUCACUGUGCUACUUUUAUAAUAUUAAUAUCAUAAAAUGAGAUUAAUGAUUGAUAUUUGUGGAGUGGCUUUUGUACGGACGACCAAACAUGCCAUUAUUUCAUUUUCAGGAAAAACAUUUAUCCGCGAGAAAAAAGAAGAGUAAAGAAACAAACUUUUUCAAUUUUUAAAUUUAAGAUGUUUUGAGUCUAGAUUAUUUUGUAACUAUGGCAGUGUUGGUUCUCCGUACUUUACGUCAAAUUUAAGGCAAAGAUGCGAAAAAAUAGUGUUCACUAUAGUGUUUUAAUAUAAAACUGAAAAAUGUAUUUAAAGUUUUAUGAGUUGUUUUUUAAAAUAACGCUAGCGUCGCUAAAUCGUGUCGUAAGAAAUGGACAAAAAAUACCCACGUUAGUGUUGUAAAAACACGCAGAAAGACGCUUUUAAUUCAAUAACAUAAUUAUUACAAAACAAAUGCUUGUAUAAAAAAUCAAUCGUCAAAUUUUCUUAUAGAAAAAUAGUUUAUUUAUAUCAAAAUAAAAACAGAAAUAUAUAGAAAUUGUUCGAUUAGUUUUGUUUUUAAAAUUGAGUUUUUUCCAGAAAAUAAAUUAAAUAAGAAACACGAUAUUUGUGUUUGUUGAGUCAUGCUUACAAAAACAAGAAUUAUUAUUUUAGUUAUAAAUUAAGCUGCUGAUUGUUAUUUUUCUUAUUAGAUUAUCAUAAAAAAUCUGCGUCAAAAUGGUUCUAAAAUUCACAGAAAUCCUGAUAAGGUUUAGUCGUUUAAAUAAAACCUUUUUUUUACAGUGUAGAUUGUACGCAUAUUAUUUAGUGAAAGCUAACAGAAAAAUACAUAAGUGGAAAUUUCAGACAAAUUUCUUCAUUUGUGACGAUGAAAAUCAAUUUACAACGUAAAAAAAAGACAAAUAUUUGACACAAAAUAAACCUUUUUAAAUAAACUAACUAAUAAAUGCUAAUGAUAUCAUUUUAAGUCAUAUUUUGCAAACAUGACUGCAAAAUGUUGACCAAACAAAAAAAAUGUGUCAAAAAUUACAUUUAAAUCAAUAUUUUACGUUCAAUUCCUCGUAUUUUCCGAAAUUUUGUUUAGUUUCAAUUAAAAAACACGAAUGAGUUCCCACGAAACUGUCUGCGUAAAAAGGUCAAAACUUUGUGUGUUAAUUGUCGUAGUGAACAAUCUUUUUCUUUUUCGUGUUGACGUCGCUAAAGAUUGUUAAAAGAAACGAGCGCUAAUAAACACGAUUUAACGUGUACGUUUUUAUGAGUUUACAUCAAAUAAAAAAACACCAGCUAAACCUCUUUAAACUGAAUGAGCAAAACUAUUGAUUUAUUGUUUCUAUUUUAAUUUAUUUAAAAUGACAUUUAUUUACAUUUAUUAACGUUUUCCUUCUUUUCCACGAUCUUGAACCAAAAUUGAAACAAAAUCCUUUGGGUUAGCAUUUAUUAGCAUUUAUUAGCUUUGCUUGUUUGUAAUUUAUGGUCUGUAUCUAUGGAGAGCCAAAAAAGGGUCAUAAUUAAAGUAAAUAAAUGAAUGAAUAAAUGUAAUAAUAGUUAUAAAGAAAGAAAUGUGUAAAUUAUUUAUGUAUUUAUUAAUAUGUUCAUUUAUUCAUUUCUAAUUAUGGCAGUGUUGGCUCUCCGUAUAUCACAGGUGAUGUACGGAGGGAAAACAAGGUCAUAUUAAAUUCAUUCUCACAUGAAACACUUAUUUUCUAUAAUUACGAUUAAAUAAAUACAGCAAAUAUUAUCUGUUUAUGCAGAAGUCGUCAUAUAAAUACAUAUGAACGUAAAAUAUUUUAAGUCUUAGUUCACUUUGUAAAAAAAAGAAAAAAAGAGAUCAAAUUUUUAAAAAAAGGCACAAAAUAUGGACCAAAGUAAGAAAUAUGACCUUUGAACUUUAUUCUUUCUGCUGCUUUCAUUGAACUUUGCUUUUGAAAUGUGUGUAACUUUAAUUUGUUGUUUGAUUUAUAUUUUUGACAGAUUAAAACUUUAUUUAAAUGAAAUAAAAGCAUGUUAACCUUCAUAAAAUGUUACAUUUAAGUAAGAAUCAGCUGCUGAAACUGGUUUAAAUGAGAUUUCAGUCAAAAAUCACCUCAAUAUUAAAAUGAUAUUUACGCUUUACUAAUGGAAGAUUUUUGUGUGUUUUUAUUGAUCACUUUAAAUAAAGAAAAAUGUAUCCCACAUCUGAAUAAUGAAUGUGUUUGUUACAUAUUUCUAUAUUUUCAUUCACUGUGUGUA